AUGUGGCCAUGGAAAAGGUUCUCUUGUCACAUUGUGAUCCUGCUACUGUCCAGCCGAUGGAGCACUGCCUCGAGAAACUUGUCAAAUAUUGAUAAAGAACCGGAUCAAGUGGCUGCAGAAUCGGUCGCUAGAUUGCAAAACAUUACCGCAAAUCACUCGACCUUGGAGAGGCCUUUCCAAGAGGUGGAUGCCACAACGAUUCGUUACGAAAAUGCUAACGGUUUCGUGCCAAUAACACCGGAAAGCGAUACUCUAACCGCGGAAGAAGAAACUAUCGUACUAGAAAAUCGUCUUGACAAAAAUUUCAGCACCGAGGAGCAUCUCUCUCUUUUUAUAAGACAACCGGGUUACCCGAAAUCGGAGGAGAAAUCGUUGGAAAAUGAUCCGUUUUACUCAACCGAGGCGAGAAUUUUCCUCAGCCUGACUCAGCCGUUUUCCAACAGAAGGUCCUCCGACUCUCAGGACUCGACGGAUGACUUUGAAUUAUUGAAAAUAAAUAGUCAUACUCCAACCGUGGCUGAUUAUCAGAAUUUUUACAACAGCCUUACCGGAUCUAAUCAAAACUCACGUAACAGAGAGAAAGUUAAUGAUAAUAGAGAAACGCGCUACUACGAAGAUCGGCGAAAUCACGAGAGGGAGAAAAAUUAUUUCGACGACGUUAGUGGACGCGGUAAGAAAACGGGUAAUUAUAACGGGAUAAAUUACGGUGAAAAUUUAGGCCCUCAAAGCCAAAGAAACCUGGCAAGCAAUGAUGAACUUUUCUCCUACAACCGAAUGAACGAACACCGGAGUAAAAAUGGGUACAAAGAAUUCACCAAUACCUUUUCACCCGUGGAAACCCUCGAUUAUAACUCUCAGAAGGAGGAAAAUACACAAAGUAUUUCACACACGAACCAGCAGCAAAACUACGACAACCAGUCAACGAAUCCUCCUGCAGCUCGUGUUGUCACUCACCGCCAGAGACACCCGAAGAAGAAAUCUUCCCAGAGCGGACGCAGACCGAGGCUAAACGCAAAGCAACACUCGACGACGAAGACCAAGACGAUUUCAGACUUCGAUAACAUAUCGCCUGGGAGUCAGAGCUACGACGAUUUGAUCCUUCGCCCCGAAGAACCGGCGAGCUACUUCGAGCACGAAGCACUAUUCAACAGGGAAGAGAGCAAUCAUCACUACGAGAAGACCGAGGAGUCGAGGGACUUGUCCGAUGAGAAUUACGAGUACGUAGAGGUGACGGAAAAGCCGAAGCGAUUACGGAAACAGAGAAGAAGGCCAAGUCACGUUGUCGACUCUACUCGACUCCCAAAAGAACAUAGAGACUUCGAGGGCUCGGUGGACAUCGAAGAGACCGAAAGACCAGGGAGUCGGUUUAGGCCGAAAAUUCGAAACCAUAAACCGAAGCCAAAUGCGUGGCUAGAAAGUGAGAGUCCGAUAGGGGAAGAAGAGGUGGACGAGGGAGGAUACGAGGUACCUGCAACGGACUCCGAGGACGGGAAGCAGAGGUUUUAUAAAAACAAGAAAUCUAAGGGAAACAGCUGGGCGAACAUCAGUCCGAAUGUCGAGAUAUCCCACUCUAGUGGUAUAGAAAUUGAUCAAGUUGAAAAGCCGAAGCUUGUUUUACCGGUAAAGGUCAACAUCGUUCCCGUAGCGAAUUUCGAUCAUGCCACUGCCCUGGGCAACAGUCAGGGCUUUGACUUGUCGAAUGCGGUUUUGCAGAAUUUCGUCACUGCAACACCUGUCAAUACGGCAAAUUUUCAAAAUUCGAACGUCAAAGUACAACAGUCGGUUCCGGAAGUAAUCGUUGGGCAAAACACUUUCCAGAAUCCCGUACAAACCGUACUGAUACCCCAACAAAGCUAUCAAACCACGUACAAAUUCGGACAGAAUGUGAGAAGCCCGUUUUUGUUAAGCAAUCAAAAUUCUUACCAGCAAAGCUCGAACGCUAAUCAAAAUCUACAACCUGUCACUUUCGAUUCGCCGAUUCAAACCGCGGCGCAUAAUCCCAACCAAAAUUUACAAAACUAUCAAACUUCCAACGGUAAUCAAAUUCAAAACCUUCAGAGCAAUUCGCAGUUUUUUAACCCUCAUCCUACUCCGCAAACUUUUGCAAAUAUCCAACAAAACGGCAGCCCAUCUGCCCCCAUCAACAACGUUCAAGUAAACCACCACGGUUUGCAAGGACAAAAUUUGCCACCUGGUCACAAUUUGUACAUGGUGCACGGUCCGGCUGUAACUUAUUCGACAACACCGAGUUAUCUGGCGAAUGGAAACGUGAGGGUGACAGAAGACAUUGGUAAAAAAACUGGCAGCUCGGGAUCAAACGGGCAAUAUCUCGCCUCGGCUAGUCUGGCAGUUGGUGAUCAGAUUCAGAAUCAAAUCAACGCUCAAAAUCUAAGGUCUCAGUUGCAAGAGAACUUCUAUCAAGCCUUUCGCCACGAGAAUUUGCUACCGAAAACGAAAGAAAUCGCCCAAAGCGCCGAGCUUGCACCGACCUUGCUGAAUUUCUACAACCAGAACGACGCAGGCGUGCAAAACUCGAACCAGCAUCAUCAGGUCGAACAAAUAUCUCAGGCGUCAAAUGCGAUCGCCCAGACUUACAAGGAGCAAAAUCAGCAAAUACUCAAAGUAGCGAAUGAGAUAUUUGAGAGCACUUUGAAUCAGCUGAAAGAGCUGCAAAAGAAUCAGGCCCUGAGGGCCAGCAGACUGGGAAAUCCUAACGUGCAAGUUUUGGCCAACGGGGGUUUUGCAAAGACAGGCGAUUCUCAGGCCCAGUAUUUAGGAACGAAAAACGUUGAGAUUCUUAAUCCUAAUAUCAGACCGAGUCUUCCUGACCACAUGCUCAAGAACACGUUUGAAAAAUCAAACGGUUUUGGGGGGGCUAGUUUGACAACCCCGUUUCCAAUCUUCGCUACAACCGAAUUCGACACGUCUCUCAGAGUCCCGAAUCUGUCGACCAUUGGGCCCCUCUCGGCUCACAGCUACCUCGGUUCAUUGACGGAACGCGGAGCUAAGGACAAUGACCAGAAGACAUCGCCGACGACCAACUCAAAACCGAACACUCCCGAGACGUAUAAUCCGAUAAACUUUGUACCGAGCACGGAAACUUUGAUAGCCCAAAAAGCUCUGAACAGUAAAUACAACUUCCAUGAACCUCUGCUUCAGGGACUGAAUUUGGUGCCGCUGAUUCCAGGCGGUAACUUCUACAAGAACUCGUAUUUUUCCAAUAACGAUCUCAUCUCCAAGCCAAAGCUCACCUCUGACCUGCAAAAAUACGCGGAGGAAAUGUUCAAAGAAUCUCUGAAGACGAUAUACAACACGCAAAAAUGGAACAACGAUCACAAGGCUCAGAGUUCGGACAUUUCCACCGUCACAACGUCCCCAAAGCUCAACGACGAUAUCCGCAACGUCAAGUUUUCCGCUCCUGACAUCAAACCGAGCAAGCAGAUCCUGGAGGCCCACUUCACUAACUCUGGCACCGAGGUCGGGGACGUCCAAUCCUUCAAAAAACUCCCAACUCAAACGCCAGAUUUCACAGAAGUCAAGCAAUCACCACCAGUCUCCCUGGAACCGGUCAGAUUCUACUAUAAACCAAAUAUCCACCUAACCAGACCCACAAUCUCGGACCUGAAUCAUCCGGAGUUUAACUUUGACCCGGAUAUUGGCCAGGUAGAUUUUAUCCACGAAUUCCUGACACCACCCAAGCCGAAUGCAUUCGUUUCGAAGAGUCCGUUCAACGAACCGAUUUCCAAGAAAAGACGGGUACCCAAAAUGCCGGCUUCCGAAAGCGGCAAGUCGAAAUAUCCUGGCAGACCGCGACGUCCUGGAGUGGUGAUAGAAGCAGCCGCGAGCAACGUAGCUCACCAUAGUUCCAGCUUUGAUACUCCGAGGCAGGAAUUUCUCCAAAGUAGACCUACGUCGUUCAAUCACGAAAUCCAGGAGUUCGAAGCCGAUUAUCAAACCUCAUACUCGGGACUGCGAGGACAGAGUUUUCCGAACUCGAGGUACCCCAGCCUUACCACCUCUAGUCCGGUCCCCGAUGAUUACCACAAGCCCGGCUUUCACAACUUCGAUUUCAACCACCAGAGAACGCACAACCUGAUGGGAUUGUUACGUAAGAACAAACGUCUGCCGGCUGGAAAUACGAAGAAUCACUUCGGGAAGAAGGAAGGAAUAGCGGAGGAGGGAGAAAGGGGGUCUCAAAACGACACGGAGCGUCGGGAUGAGAGGAAUGCCGAGUUUCCCACAGAGAGAUCAAAAACAUUCGAGGAAAAAUCGGACCUCAAGAUUUUUGAGGCGAUGAACACGAAUUCGACGCGAACGCAAAAAAGCGGGGUUCAAUAGCUGCUGCGUGUGAAUUAAUUAUACUGUCGCAUAGAUUGUAUGAAUAAUUUAGACGUUACGUUAUAUAGUUGUUGAUUGUUUGAGCGCAGUCUUUUACUUGCUAGAAAUUUGGCGAUUCAAGGUGAGCCUGACAAAAUCGCGUGACGAGUCGAUAAAACAAAUAUUUGAGAAACGGUGCUUCGCAACUGUUGCUUGCCAAUGCAUUUGCAAUUUUAUAAGUGUUAUACGAGGCGCUACUUUGCAAUUACAGUAUAAUAUUUGUUUUAUUGUUCAAUCGAUUACACACGGACCUUGAGUAGAAUUAGCAGAAAUCGUUAAAUUUCAAUUCUCGAUCGCGAUAAUAUUAGCAGAAACUGCUGACUAAAUGAAAACGCGACGUACAAAUUAUCUUAUAGUAGUGAAUAUUUUCUGUAUUUUUUUCUUCCGUUUACGUACGCAAUAUUAUCAAUUAGAAUUUACGAUUAGUUUUAAGCUCGAAGUAGGACAUCCCGAUGGAUUAUAUUGACUGAAUUAUUUUGUUAUGAUUUAUACUUUAAUGCUUUGUACAUAAGGUAACCAAUG